GGGUCGUACUGAGGGCCGCUCAGCAGGCGCAGGGAUGUCAGGGGCAGCUGCUGCUGUGUGCGCGCGAUAUCGAAUGUCCAUAACAAUACUGCCCAGCCUCCUUUGUAUGUCUCGCUCUCUCCUUCUCUCUCUUUUCCUCUGAAAGGUGAUUAAACUGGAUUAGCUGCAACAGCAACAACUUGAGACUGCAAUAAAAUCUUUUUCAUUUUUGUCUGUGAGAACAUUUUCAUGAAAAGCCGAAAGGAAAUACUUUCAAAAGACAAAGACUGAGAAGAUUUACAUCUAAAGUGUGUGUGGACUGUAAAGCAGAGACAUGAGUCUAGAAGAAGAUACGCGCUGGCUGGAAUGGGUCACCAAGCAGUUCGAGAGCAUUGCUGGAGAUGACAAGGAAAUCGACCUAGAUGAGUUUAAAACGGCUCUAAAAGUAAAAGAGUCAUUUUUUGCAGAGCGUUUUUUUGCCUUGUUUGACUCUGAUGGCAGCAGCUCCAUCAGUCUGGAUGAACUUCUCGAAGCUUUAGAUCUUCUGAUCCAUGGCAGUGAGACAGACAAACUACGCUUCCUCUUCCAGGUCUACGAUGUGGAUGGCAGUGGUUCCAUAGACCCAGAUGAGUUGCGUACAGUUCUGAAAUCCUGUCUGCGUGAGAGCGCGAUCUCGCUCCCUGAGGAAAAGCUGGAUGACCUGACGCUGGCGUUGUUUGAAUCUGCGGAUAAAGAUAACAGCGGCUCCAUCACAUUUGAAGAGCUGAAGGCAGAGCUGGAGAACUUUCCUGAAGUUAUGGAGAACCUCACCAUCAGUGCCGCCAACUGGCUGAAACCUCCUGAUCUGGAGCAGAAGAAACGCAAGACUCCUCGUUACCUCACACGCGCGUACUGGCACAACAACAGCCGCAAGCUGCUCUUCCUCUGCCUGUACGCCCUCCUGAAUGUGCUCCUCUUCAUCAUGGCUAUGCUAAAGAAUGCACAUGGAGGCCCCUGGUUCAUGGUGGCCAAGGGCUGCGGCCAGUGUCUCAACCUCAACUGCACUUUUAUCAUGGUGCUAAUGUUGAGGCGAUGUCUGACAUGGCUACGUGCCACCUGGGUGGUGAGGAUCUUACCUUUGGACCAGAACAUUCUACUGCAUCAGAUCGUGGGCUACGCUAUCUUGAUCUUCACCAUUGUGCACACUGGCGCUCACGUCAUGAACUUUGCCCGAAUGACUCAGAAUGAUGGCAUGUACCAGCUGUGGGAGUAUCUUUUCACCAUCCGCCCUGGGAUUGGAUGGGUCAAUGGUACCGCCUCUAUUACGGGUGUCGUUCUGCAGGUUCUCAUCUGCUUGAUGGUGGUGUGCUCCAGCACAUUCGUCAGACGCAGUGGACAUUUUGAGGUGUUCUACUGGUCUCAUCUUUCCUACAUCUGGGUUUGGGCCCUGUUGAUCGUCCACUGUGCAAACUUUUGGAAAUGGUUUGUGGUGCCAGGAGUGGUGUUUCUCAUUGAGAAACUUGUUGGAGUAGCAGUUUCCCGCAUGGGUGGGCUGUACAUAGUUGAAGUCAAUUUAUUGCCCUCUAAGGUAACACAUUUGGUAAUCAAGAGGCCUCCAUUCUUUCACUUCAAACCUGGGGAUUAUGUGUAUAUAAACAUCCCUGUUAUCGCCAAGUACGAGUGGCAUCCGUUUACCAUCAGCAGCGCUCCUGAGCAACAAGAUACGCUGUGGCUCCAUGUUCGUUCGAUGGGCCAGUGGACAAACCGUCUGUACGAGUAUUUCAGACAGCCGGAGAGUCAAACCAUUAGCAACAAGAGGCUCACCGCCAGCCUGAGAAACAGACGUCAUGAGAGCAGAACACAGAAUGAAAUUUUCAAGUCAGCAAGCUGCAACGAAACUGUGGCGUCUAAUAAGGAUGAUGCUGUUGAACUGACCAUGUACCGAACGAGUGGAACACGAACAAACUCUCCGAAGCCUGUCUGUGACCCAGUAUCCCAGGCAGAACUGGGAGACACUUGUCCGGUUGCAAAGGAACUUACAGCAAAAUUAAGUGAAAAUCACAGAUAUUGUAACAUUAAAUGCUAUGUGGACGGACCUUUUGGCACCCCGACCCGACAGAUCUUUGCAUCGGAGCAUGCGGUGCUUAUCGGCGCUGGAAUCGGCAUCACUCCUUUUGCAUCCAUUUUGCAGAGUAUUAUGUGCCGUUAUCGCAUGAGAAAGCAAAACUGCCCCAACUGCAGCUAUUCCUGGUGUGAAACCAUCAAAGACAAUGAAAUGAAACUUAGGAAGGUGGACUUCAUUUGGAUCAACCGAGAUCAGAAAUCCUUUGAGUGGUUUGUGAGUCUCUUGACUAAACUGGAGAUGGACCAGGCAGAUGAAGAACCAGAAGGUCGUUUUUUGGAGAUGCACAUGUACAUGACAUCAGCCCUCAGUAAGAAUGAUAUGAAGGCCAUAGGUUUGCAGAUGGCUCUGGACCUGCUGGCCAAGAAAGAGAAGAGAGAUUCCAUCACUGGGCUUCGCACACGUACACAGCCAGGCAGACCAGAUUGGGCCAAGGUUUUCCAGAAAGUGUCGGAGGAAAAGAAAGGAAAGGUUCAUGUGUUUUACUGCGGUGCUCCUGCUCUGGCCAAGGUCAUCAAGGCCCAGUGUGAGCAUUUCGGCUUCAACUUCUACAAAGAAAAUUUUUGAAGAGUUUACAAUAUUUUCCUUGAAAUCUGUCAAAUAAUCAUAUGAAAAUCUGAUUUUGCCAAUUGUCUGAUGUUGUACAUUUUGUAAAGCUCAUGUUGAUGUAUGUUUUCAUUUACUUGUGGUGUUUGUGUAAGUAACUUUUUAACACUUUUAAUGAACUUGUAUAUGUUUAUUACUAUAAUUAUUCAUUUUAGAAAUGUCCUUUCUGGUUAUUAUGCAUCAUGUAAAAGUUUUUUAGCUUUAGCUCCAGUAAGAGAGUCGUCACUACAGUUGGUGUCAUGUAAAUAAUAGUAUCAAGAAAUUUAUUCUUGAAAAUAAAGUAGGAGAUAUUAGUUACUCAAAUGUAAAUACAAAUAAUGAAAAACAGUUACUUGAGUAAGGUGUAAAAAAACUGCUUUGAUGACAUUAACAGUUUACAUUGCCAUGGCAUAAUAAUAUAAAAAUAAUGAUAAAUAUUAAAUACAAUAUUACCAUAUACAGUUGAGGUCAAAAGUUUACAUACACCUUGCAGAAUCUGCAAAAUGUUCAUUAUUUAACCAAAAUAAGAGGGAUCAUACAAAAUGUUGUGUUUGUAUGUUAUUUUUCAUUUAGUACUGAAGAGCCAGGGAUGUCAACUUUUAAAUGUAAUGAAGAUGUGUAUUUUUAUUUUGCCUAAAUAUCAUAUUUUUUCAUUUAGUACUGCCCUUCAGAAGCUACAGAAGAUAGUUACAUGUUUCCCAGAAGACAAAAUAAGUUAUAUUUACCCUGAUCUUGAAAUUCCAAAAGUUUUUACCCCCGUCUUUUAAUGCAUCGUGUUUCCUUCUAUUAUAGUUGCAUAUGAGUCCCUCAGUUGUCCUCAGUAUGAAAGAUGGAUCUCAAAAUCAUACAGUCAUUGUUGGAAAGGGUUCAAUUACAUAAAAAUGCUGAAAAACCAAAUAAUUUGUGGGACCUGAAGGAUUUUUCUGAAGAACAGCGGGCAGUUUGACUGUUCAGGACAAACAAGGGACUCAUGAACGACUAUCACUAAACAAAAAAAGACAGCUGUGGAUCACAGCUGGACACUGUGGACACAGUAUUAAGAAUCAAGUGUAUGUAAACUUUUGAACGAGGUCAUUUUUAUAAAUUGAAUUAUUAUUUUUUCUUGUGGACUAUAUGUAAACGUCUUUCAUGUUAUGAAAUAUCUUACUAAAUAACACACAUUUUGUAUGAUCCCUCUUAUUUUACUAAAAUAAUUAACAUUUUGUAGAUUCUGCAAGGUGUAUGCAAACUUUUGACCUUAAUUGUUGUUUUUAAUUACUUGUACUUAUUGUACUAUUUGCAUUUAUGUGUAUGUGUAAGUGUUUUACACUAUGUUCAAAGCUUGUACUAUCAGCUUUUGUUAUCUACCAUUAAAUAUAGGCGAUUGUUUCUCAGUGUUUAAAAUCGUUAGAUAUUGUAAUAGAAAGUUGUUGUUCAUACCUUUCGCAUUGUGCUCCUUCUUUUGCUUUUAUAGACUGUGGGAAUUCACAGAUUUCCUAAAUAAACAGUCAAAUCAUG